CUUUAUAAGCAGGCGCGCGCUUCUCUGCUGCGUCUCUGGAGUGCUGAUCGCGUUGGAGACGCACAUUCGUCGUUUCUCCCAGAACUGCGACAUCACAGAUCCAUCAUGUCUGACGAAGGGAAGCUGUUCAUCGGCGGGCUGAGCUUCGACACCACCGAGCAGUCGCUAGAGGACGCCUUCUCCAAAUAUGGCGUGAUCACCAACGUUCAUGUGGCCCGAAACCGAGAAACCAACAGAUCCAGAGGAUUCGGUUUCGUGACCUUUGAGAAUCCAGAUGAUGCGAAGGAUGCACUGGAGGGGAUGAAUGGAAAGUCUGUGGAUGGCCGGACGAUCCGUGUGGAUGAGGCAGGGAAAGGUGGAGGUGGCGGCGGUGGCCGAUCAGGUGGUGGAGGAUCAUACAGAGGUGGCGGAGGAAGAGGAGGUGGAGGAGGAUUCUUCAGAGGAGGAAGAGGUCGAGGAGGUGGAGGUGGUGGAUAUGGAGGAGGAGGAGACCGCAGUUAUGGAGGAGACAGAAGCUAUGGUGGUGGUGGAGGAGGAUACAAGAGUGGAGGAGGUGGAUAUUCCUCUGGAGGUGGCGGAGGAUACAACAGAGACAGAGGUUCUGGUUACGGUGAUCGAAGCAGCUCAUACAAAGAUGGCUAUGAUGGCUAUGCUGUACAAGAUUAACACCCAAGACCCGACGCGUCACUGGCCGAGUGUUUCUAAAGACUCAUGGAUCUGUUCUUGGAUAUGUUGUUUCUGUUCUACUUUUAGAGGGGGAAAGGCUG